UGGGACGCGCGAACCCCAUGCGGAUGUGCCGCUAUGUAAAAUGGCGGCGUGAGAGAGGCUCGUUCAAAACACAGAGGUUUAUUUUUUUUUAAAACCUGCGGAGGUGUUUAACGUACUUUUCUGAAGCGGUCUGAGUCACCUGGAGCUGUCACGGAAUCGGCCGGGAUUUACGUUCCGGAUAAAAGUUAAAUAAAGGAUCUGAAUACUCCUCCCAUCACUGGAAAAGAUAAAAUUGAGCAGGUGGGAUGGCAAAGAGGAUCGCUGAUAAAGAGCUAACGGACAGGAACUGGGAUCAGGAGGAGGAGGGAGAGGAGGCGGGGACGUUUUCAGUUGCGAGUGAAGAUGUGUUGAAGAAUCGAGCGAUUAAGAAGGCCAAACGCCGAAAUACUGGAGCAGAGGGUGAAAGUGGAGGAGCUUUCAAAGGUUUUAAAGGGUUUUCUCUGACCACAUCAGCAGCGAGCGGAGGCUCGACUCCAACUGUGUUUUCUGGUUUUGGGAACGGUGGAGGAUUUAAAGGCCUCGGCGCUCUGACCAACGGAAACAGCGUCGCUCCUUCGUUCGGUGGUUUCUCAUCUCCUGCAACGUCCACUGCUACACCAGGUCUAACAUUCAACGGCCCCACCUCUGCCAAACCCACCGCUGACAUCACCGCCAAGCAGACCAAUGGCUCCACCCCGAGCCCGAAUCAAAGCUCCAGCACCGACGGUGGCGGCGGCAGCAGCAGCGGCAGUGUCAGCAACAAGGAGUACAGCCGGCAGCUCACCGCGCUCAACUGCUCUGUGCGAGACUGGAUCACCAAACACGUGAACGACAACCCUCUGUGUGAUCUCAACCCCAUCUUCAGGGAUUAUGAGCGACACCUGGCCAGCAUCGAGCGGCAGUACGGGGCCGGAUCUGCUGCUUCGGCCGAGGGAGGCUCGGAGGAGAAGAAGCAGGGAGGGAUGCUGCCGAGCACAGCCACCCCUCCUCCUCCUCCCCCUCCAUCUUCCUCCUCCAGCAGCAGCAGCAGCAGCAGCAGCAGCUCAGCGGCUCCAGCUCCAGCUGCCACUUUGUUCUCCUUUGGUAAAAAAACGACAGAAGACUCAACCUGGGACAAAAGCUCCACCGCCGCUCCGAUCCCAGCCGGCGUCACGUUUAACUUCGGUCAGAAGGUGGACAGCUCUGUCCUCGGCUCCUUAGGGUCCAAAACGACGACACCCAGCUUCUCCUUCUCCUCCUCCUCCUCCUCCAGCGCCUCCUCCAGUCAGACCUCCCUGUUUGGAGCUCCCGGAUCUGCUCCUCUGUCCUUCAGCGGGACAAAAGCCGAGGACGCUCAGCCUGCAGACGAGAACGGAGAUGAAGAGUCGGAGGAGCCGCCCAAGCCUGAAGUGAAAGAGGUGAAAGAGGAAGAUGCUUUCUACUCAAAGAAGUGUAAAAUGUUCUACAAAAAGGACUCGGAGUUCAAAGAGAAAGGAGUGGGAACGCUGCACCUCAAACAAACCGCGGACGGAAAAACUCAGAUGAUCAUUCGUGCCGACACCAAUCUGGGAAACAUCCUGCUGAACAUCAUCGUGCAGUCGUCCAUGCCGUGCUCGCGGGUCGGUAAGAACAACGUGAUGGUGGUUUGCGUCCCGAACCCGUCCGUCGACGACGGUAACCCCAGCGGCCCCGUCCCCCUGCUCAUCCGGGUCAAAACCGCCGAGGACGCCGACGAGCUCCACAAGACCCUCGAAGAGAAGAAAGGGUGAACCCAGAGCUUUUAGCAGACUUCACCUGGUCAUCCUCAGACCCUCCAGACUCAUCGACCUCCUCAUCACGCCGGUUUUAUCCAAACACACACACACACACACACACGCACAAUUGUCCUUAACUCAUCCUGGUAAAUCAGCUGUUUCAUCACAAUAAAUUGGUCGUCAUACUGUGAAAUAUUUUUGUUUUAUUUUAAAUCAUAAAUAUCAGAAGCAGGUCGUCGUCGCUCCUCGACUCGGCCACAUUCCUCCCGGUUUGACGCUGCUGCUGCUGCUGUUUUAUCAGAGAAACGGAACGAUGUACCUGACCGGUCUCCGUGUUUUUAACUUUUACUGUUUUAAUUUGGUCGCCACGUGAAUCCAGAAGAAUUAUCGUUAAUGUGCGACAUCUACGAUCCUUACCACUGAGUUUUUUUGGGGAAAGCUCCAAAUGAAGGUCCAGUCGAUUUGGUUUUACAAAUUAAAUACUUGCAGUAAAAGUUAAUUUUUUUUAAUGAACGUGUCGAGGAUUCAGAGCACUGAGUGUCUGCUGAGUGUUUUUUUUUUUUUUCCUUUUGCUCUGGAAACUAUUUAUUGUGUCGGCAGGAUUUGUACUUUACCUGAUUGAACCUCGUGUGAAUGUUUCCCCUGAAGAGCUUCUGAAAACGGUGUGGAAGUGUGAAACAGACCAGUUGUUCUAUUUUUAUUUUGUUUUUCUGUAAACAUGGAUUCUGUUGUUUUCCAAGUGUCCUUUGUGUGGCCUUCGGUUCGGCCUUCGAGAUGAGGCAUGCUGUCAUCGUCCGAGAACAUUUGUAAAGACAUUUAUUGGGGAAUAAAAGAAAACAAACGAA